UGCAAUGUACCGGCUGAGUAAGGGCGGGUCAUAUGUCGAAGGCAGGCCAUCACGGUUUCGGUGCGCGGAAGGGAACAAAGUCCGCUUCCGGGGCGACACGUGGAUCAUGUUUACGCCCAAUGACCAAUUCACCUGGCACACACGACGAUUAUAACUCCCGCAAGUCUCCGUGUCGACGAUCUAUAUACUGUCCACUUGCAAGUGAGCCGAGCCGAAGUUGGAUAUCCCCUUUGCAGACCCCAUUAACUCACCUACGCCACUUCCCUCAAUAAUCAGCCGCAACUCCAAGCACUUCCGGCAAUGGAUCCCGUCAUCGUGUUUGGCCCGACGGGCAACAUCGGGGCUGUCGUGGCACGAACGGCAGCCCAAGCCGGCGCAAAGGUGGUGCUGGCCAUGCGAGACACGAACAAGACCAUUACCGGCAUCGACGAGCAGAGCGGCAGCUUCACGAGAGUUCAUGCCGACUUGCAAAAACCCGAGACCGUGGAGGAGGCCGUUCGAUCUACGGGCGCGAAGCGAGCAUUCGUCUACAUUGCCCCUCGCACGCCGGAUCACAUGAAAGGCACCUUCGCCGCCAUGAAGGCCGGCGGCAUCGACUUUGUCGUCUUCUUGAGCAGCUUCACCGUUCCCACCGACGUGCCGCUGAAAGACGUGCCCCAGUCGGAACUCAUCGCGUACUUCCACGCACAGGCCGAGGCCAGCCUGCACGAAGUGUACGACGCAGGGCACUUUGUCUCGCUCCGGCCCGGCUCGUUCGCCACCAACCACCUGCGCCAGAAGGACAACAUUCGGAAGGGCCAAGUCGCGCUGCACGCGCCCGACUUUCGGCAAGACAACAUUACGUUCGGCGACAUUGGCGAGGUGGGCGGCGCCAUCUUGGUCUCGGGCCCGCAGGACAAUCAGCAGUAUGUGUACCUGCAUGGGCCGCAGGUGAUUCCCCAGCGCGAGGCUGUGAUUCAGAUUGGAGAGGUGUUGGGGGUGGAGGUGAAGGUUACGGAGUUGAACGACGAGCAGGCGCUGGAACAGUACCUCGCGCAGGGGACACCGAAGCCGUUUGCGGAGUACAUGGUGCGCGCCGCAAGCAACCCCAACUCAUCGUUGAAGUUCCCUCAUCUCGACGAGGGAGUGCAGAAUGUGCAGCGCUAUGCGAAGCAUCCGGCGACUCCCCUUCGAGCGUGGGUCGAGGCCAACUCGGGCCUGUUUGCCGCGUGAGCGACGGACAUGGCCUACAUGAGAGCACCGGCAUGCCGUGGAAGAUGGCGGAAGUCAGCAAGCAUCGCUGAUACAG